AUUGAUAUCAGAGUCGAUAAUACUUUCAAUAAUAAAUUGCCAUCUGUUCGAUAUGAAAAUUUCGCAAAUAACCCUAUUCUGAUUUAUAAUGAAGAAAAAAGUUUGAGAACUGUAGCGAGACAUUUCGCUGAUUACAAAACAAUUCAGGCUGAUAACGGAUCAUUUUUUGUGAUGGAUGUAGGACGAAUUGAUGAGCUGAUGCAAUAUUGGUGUAUAUCAUUGCCUCGGGUGCAACCAUUUUAUGCGUUGCAAUGCAAUUCAGAUCCAGUUCUUUUGCAUUUACUUGCUCAUUAUCCAAAUUUUGGAUUUUUUUGCGCAAGUGGUGAUGACGUUGAAAAGGCAUUAGAUUUAAUUGGAAUUGAUCGAAUUAUUUAUGGUAAUCCACUGUGGACAAGACGGAAUGUAUGUAAAGCGAAAGAAUAUGGUUUACAAUGUCUAAUAUGCCAAAGCGAAAAUGAUUUAAUGCGUGUCAAAGCAUUUCAUCCUGAUGCAAAUGUUAUUCUAAGAGUGUGUAUAGGACCUGUUGAAAAUCGUCUGCGCAUUGGAUGUGACCUUAUCGAUGAAGCUCCUCUUUUAAUCGAAUUGUGUUCUAAAAUAAAUAUUCAUCUAGUUGGGAUAGGAUUUUCUGUUUGCGUUGGGAACUUAUCACUGGGUUUAUAUGCCUAUGCUAUAGCCCAGUGUCGUCGUCUGUUCGAUUUAGCAGCCGAAUUUGGAAUUCUCUUAAAUAUACUUGAUAUUGGAGAUUUUCCUAGCACAGAUAUGUCAACUGGAUUAUCAUUCAACCAAAUUAGUGAAAUUAUCAAUUCGGCUCUAUUUCAGUAUUUUCCAGAUGAUCAUUUUGUCAAUUUACGUAUUAUUGCUGAACCUGGUCGUUAUUUUGCUUCAUCUGCAUUCGCCCUUGUUACUAAUGUGAUUGGAACAUAUAUCACUCGUGCAUCUUUGCUCACUAAUACUGAAAUUGAUGUAGAUGAAGUAGUUAUUGUCUACAAGACUAACGAUGGCAUCUACAAAUCUUUUGGCUGUAUACUGGCAGAAGAUUGUGAGCCUCAUUGUGAGCCAUUGCACGAUGAUGAAACACAGGUUAUUACCUAUGUUAGUAUAAUUGGAAACACUGUCGAAAAUGAAGUGUUGCAACCAAUCACUCGUCUUAAAUCUUUGAAAGUUGGCGAUUGGCUGUUGUGGAAUAAUAUGGGGGCUUAUACGAUGUAUAAUCGUGAUAAGAACUGCAGAAAUUCUUUACCUGUAGUGCAUUAUUUUACAGACAGUGAACGAUGGGCAUUUCUGCGCAAAUUUUCUUCAAUUUCGAAAAGUAUGUCGCAUGGUAAGACUAAUGUGGAAAAUUUAUGCGAAAAGAAAGUCGAUGAUGAAUUUUCUAUUAAUUCUGAAGUUGAAAGUUUUGUGUCAGAAGAUGACGAUUCAAUCUGGGCACGAAAUUCUUUUCUCCGAGAGGAUAAUGAGGAGUGA